GCUAGCUGCGCUAGGCGAGCGCGCCGGGUCUGCAGCUUGGGCGUCGCCGCUCGCUCCCGCCAGAAGCGGGUCCUGGUGUAGUUGCGAGUUCGGUUGGGCGUCUCGGGAGGGUGUGUGGCUUUGCCGCACGUGGUUCUUGCGGUCGCCCCUCCCACUCUUGGGCGCUGCAAUAUAUAUGCAUCGUCUGGGCAUGGAACGUUUUAUCGGGCUGCAGCAAUGGAGUCCGUGGAGCUGCUGGACGCGCUGGCUUACCUGAUGUGCCUUCUGGGCUGCAAGGCCUUCUUGUGGAUACGGUGGUACGGAUCGCCCUACGGCCGCUACUCGUCUCAAUAUUCCGGCCCCUGUGUGCCCGUGCGCGCCGCCUGGGUCUUGCAGGAGCUGCCCUCGCUGGCCUGGCCGCUGCUGGAGUGUGCCUGCGCGUCCGCCGUGCGCCUCGACCGCCUUCCCAACCGCGUGCUGCUGGCCAUGUUCCUCGUCCACUACAUAUACAGGACCCUGAUUUUCCCCUUUGUGAUCCGAGGAGGAAAGCCGACGCCACUGUUCACCUGUGUGACAGCCUUCCUGUUCUGUCUCUAUAACGGCUAUUUGCAGAGCAGGUACCUGAGCCAUUACGCCGUGUACGCAGAGGACUGGGUGACCCAGCCCUGCUUUCUAGCUGGCUUUGCCUUGUGGUUAACGGGCAUGCUGGUAAACAUCCACUCAGAUCACAUCUUGAGGAAUCUCCGAAAACCAGGGGAGAGCAACUACAAAAUACCAAGAGGAGGCUUGUUUGAAUACGUAACCGCAGCCAACUACCUCGGGGAGUCUGUGGAGUGGUUUGGCUUUGCACUGGCCAGCUGGUCUCUCCAAGGGGCGGCCUUUGCUCUCUUCACGUUUUGUGUUCUACUCUCUAGAGCAAUGCAUCAUCACCGGUGGUACCUUGAGAAGUUUGAAGAUUAUCCAAAGUCUCGGAAAAUUCUGAUCCCAUUUUUGUAUUGAGUGUAUCAAGAAAAUGAUCUUCGUCUCAAAGCUUCACUGCUCUUUCUCUGGGAGACCAUCUAAGUGAACUGGUUGCGGCCGGUUCUCAGAAGAGGGGACUAGGGUAGGGUGGGUGCCAGGGUGCUUACUAUGCAGCGCAGUAGUGUAUGUAGUGCAGUGCGUUGUCAGAGCGCAGGGUGUCCAGAAGGAAGAGGAAGAGCCGUGGUGAUGCGAAGGGGACUGCUAGGAAGCCCAGCAUGGCGGUAACCAUGGAAACACAAGUGAAAAUAACAGACACUGGACAGAGAAAAGGACAGUAGGUGUUGCUCCACCGUCUCCCACCUCCCCUUCCUCCUCCAGUUAGUAGCUUUGGUCCUGUUGUUGGACUCCAUGCAGUCUCAUAGAUGCCAGCUGUACUGUAAGGUUACUGUAACAGUAAAAAUGGUUCAUUUGCUGUA